AUAAAGUUAGGUUAAGUUAAAAAUAGGUUAGCUUAAGUUACAGUUAAGCUAGGUAAGGUUAGGUUAUUUCCAUAUAUUCUGCCAGUUAUUCACUGCCAAUGGGUGCCCAUUGUCAUAGAACGAAGUUAUACAGCAUAUAACUUUAUAUGAAACCGGUAUUAUUCUGCAGAUUUGGUGUACUUUACAUUAGGUGCCUGGCAAUACUUUACGACCAUGACAUGCACCAAGAAGAAUGGGCAAGUAUGGGGUUGGUGCCUCCACACACUUGGCAAGCCCAAAUAUUCUGGCAAGAUAAGCUUCAAACAGGCCUAGGCUCAGUUUCUGAAGGGGCAUCUCAAAAGACUUGUCAGAAGCAUAUGAGUCCUCAUUACCAGCAUAUCAUAAUAAUUUUUAUUGUAGAUAUGACUGUAGCCUAGUAGAUAUGUGUUAGCCUAUUUUAGCCCUACUUCAAAACUUUUUUCUCUAUUUGUUUUCGAUAUACUGGCAGUCCCCAAUUUAUGAUGACGUUAGGGACCCAAAUCCAGGUUGUAAGUCGAAAAUGCGAAAAUAAAACAUAGAAAAUCUUAAAUGUGUCUCUCUUCUUCUUCUCAGCACCACAAAACUCUCACUUUUAAGCUUGCCAGCCAUUUUAAAGGGAAUUACAAACGAAAAUUUUGUCAGUACACAGCGCAAUCAUUGGGACUCGAAAAUACGUAAUUUUAAAAAAUUUUGGUAUGACUGAGGCGGUCGUAAGUCCAGGAGUACCUGUACUGAUGUAAGUGCACACUCAGCAUCAUAAAGUAUAACCAUGUUUUCUGACUCGAUUUUUAAUGGCAAAUUUACAUUUUUUUUAAACUAUAAACAGGCUCUGUAAACAUUGCUGUAUUUUAAAAUCCUACAAAACCCUCACAUAUUUCUUUUGUGCUGCAUAUAUGUACAGUAAAUGAUAUUAGUCUGUUCUGCAUCCCGUUUGCCCAUUGACAUUGGUGAUGAAAGCAUGAUAAAAGCCUAUGCUGUUGCUAUUAAUGUUUGUACUGUAUACAGCAUUUAUUUUCUUCUGUUUCUUUCAGAUCUAAAAACAGAGAUAUAGAAGACCGAAAGAAACUAAAGACUCCUGGAGUGGUUAUGGAGGAGGCACUUGGCGUAAAGGAAGAGUCCAUAAGUUCUCUCGGUGCCUCGCUUGACAGCCACAACGGGUCACGAGGGUCUUGGGACACAGAGAGAAAUCUGCCCCAGUCCAACACUCACUCAUCCCUGACACCAUUUACUGAUGGCAUAAAACAGGAAGACAUCAAAUUUGAGGUCGAAGUGACACAAGAGUUUAUAGCGGAGGAAGAAGCAGACACAGUGGCCCAAGACCCUGUAGUAAAAGAAGAGAAAGAGUUUAUUGAUGUGGACAAAGUUAGGAUUGAAGAUGAACAUGUUGCACCAGAAGUAGAUGGACUGUCUUGUGUCACGACCCCUGUCACUUCUUCCAGUUCACCGCCAGAUCACCCAUCUUCUAGGAAAGCCACUAAAACUAAAACUAAAAACAGAGAUAUAGAAGACCGAAAGAAGCUAAAGAUUCCGAGUUCGAAUGAAGAAUGGAACAAAGUGGCCCAUGAUUUUGAAUUGAAAUGGCAGCUUCCUAAUUGCAUAGGAGCACUCGAUGGCAAACAUGUCGUCAUGAAACAGCGGAAGCUUAUACUUCAAUUACAAGGGUACCAACAGCAUAGUGCUAUUGGCAUUGGUUGAUGCAAAUUAUAAAUUCAUAUACAGUGGGGUAUGCUAUAACGAACGGAUCCUACUACGAAUAUUCCUAUAACGAACGGUUUUACCUGUAAAAUUGAGAAUG